AUGCCGUCGCGCGCCUCAGUGUCGUCGCAGGUGCUCCCGCAGCCUUUGAUUCUGGCUGCCAACUCAACGAACUCGAUGUCGAGACAGAGCAGCGGCUCCUCGAAGCGCGACUCUGCCAUUGGGAUCGCGGUGUCAGGAUUCGAAAGGGUCGUGCAACGAACAUCCUUGAAACGCGGUUUGCGUCGCGAGUCUGACUCGGAUAUGGCUCCAGUGUAUCGCCUGAGCGUGCACUCGAGCGCUGGCAACAUAUUACGCCGUCGGUUGGGACCGCCCGCCUGCGCUUGCCGUCACAGAGCUGCUUCGCAGCGUCAUUACACCCAGACAGGCCAUCGCGAAUAG